CGAAACACUUACGAAAUACUAUUUUUAAGGGUCAGAUUCGACUAUGUAUCAUAAGAGUUUGAGACAGUUAGACAUACUUUGUUGUUCCUUCUCUCUGGUUCUCUCUGGCGUCCUCCGUCCCUCCUGGGGAGAGAGGAGAUUAACAGAAUAGUCAACACUGCCCCCUGUUGAGAAGAGUGGGAGAAGCAGAGGGAGCAAGAGAGAGAGAGCGAGCGAGAGAGAGGGAGGAGAGAGAGAGAUGCUGUAGACACACACACACACACACACUCCACCACCACCACUCAGCGUUUCUCCCACUGUCACGUUGAAGUUGGAGAGGCAUUUCAUUUCAAGGGCCAUUAAGUCCUGUCUCCCCCCCCAUAGCGGAAAGAGCACCGUGAGAUUCUACAUUAUACGUCUCUGAAAAGAAAGCGAGACAAAAAUAGCCUUGCCUCCCCACUGAGCUCGACAUUCUACUCUGUCCUGUCCUCUGCUACUAAAACUGUAAUUAUACUCUUUAUGGAGCUAAUUCCCAUUUGCUGCUGCCCUACGUGGACCGCUCAGCACUCCCAGAAAGCAUCAUUAUGUGGUGGUACUAACUGCCCUGUGUCCUCCAAAACCUGCACAGAAAUGUUAUGUACUGUAUUCCGUUAAGAAAAUGUUUUGAGGGAGAAAAAAACCUGUUUUAAGAAAAUGGGGAAAGUGAACCACAGAGAAUAAAAGCUGCUCGUGGUUCAGAUUGUCAGGUUAUGGCGACUCUGUGGGCGACUGUUUUCACCCACUGGUCUCUCCUCUCACACGCAAUCCUCCUCAGUCCUCACACCUCGCCCUCAUACAGGCUGGGAAUGGGUCUGGAGCUAGCUUGUGUUAGGCCUCAAACUGUGUUUUCGGCACGUCGAGACUUUCUGGAGGGGUGGAUGAGCAAUGAGCGAUGGCGGUUGAGAGAUAAUUGAGGAAUUCUAUCAAUCACUCGCUGUAUUAUAUUCGGAAUGCCCCGUGCACAUAUUUGGGAUUCCAUUGAAUGAAAUCCAAGAGAGGAAGAUAGGGGAGAAGCCUCCAAUGGUGUGUAGAGGAAAUGAGACAGAACCCCUUCCCCCUCCACCAACCCCUAAAUGGAACAGAAAUAGAAUGUUAAUUCGUAUAUAACCCUCAAAUUAGAUUUCCCUCUAUGAGUUCCUCUCUGUCCCUUUCCUCUCUUUACACACACAAACACACAUGCACACCGGGACACACUCGUCGUCUCUUCUCUCAGCUUGUGCUGACUUGAAUGGACACUCUUGUUCAAAUUAGGUCGAGGUCCAUGGUGUUUCUGUUUGUCUGCUACUGGGACAGGGAGGGGGUCAUGGGACUGUGCGAAUGGAGCCAGACUCAUGCUAGUCAUAUGAGCUUCACUGAAAACAGGAAAGAGAGACAGAGAGAGAGAGGGGGGAGAGAGAAAGUUUCUAGGAAGUAAGAGAGGAGGAAGAUGGAGGAUUUGAGAUGGAGGGUCAGGGCCAUGGCUGCUGUGUGUGUCCGGAAUUGCUGCUGGUGCUGUGUUGAGGUCGAAGAAGAUGGAGAAGGAGGGAAGGAGGAGGGGAGGGAGGAGGAGCAAGAGGAGGAGGGAAUGGAGGAGCCCCCAUCUCCAAAGAGCAGGAGUGUCGCGUCCUUACCAUCUGCUGAGUUGGAUGAGGCAGACCCGUCCUACUCCAAGCCCCAGCCUCACUGGUUCCACACGCUGCAGGUCCGCAGGCUGACGGUCCAGAGAGGACGCAGCAACAGUGACCCUAUGGGGGGAAAGAGUUUCGAUCAGGACUUCCAAUGGAAAACAGGCCUACAGUUUGGCACAGCCAACUCCUACCUGAACCUGGAGAAGAUAGGGGAGGGGACAUACGCUACAGUCUACAAGGGAAUCAGCCGGAUAAACGGGCACCUGGUGGCCUUGAAGGUGAUCCGUAUGAAGACUGAAGAAGGCGUACCAUUCACUGCCAUCCGAGAGGCUUCUCUCCUGAAAGGCCUGAAACACGCCAACAUUGUCCUGCUCCAUGACAUCAUCCACACCAAAGAGGCACUCACAUUUGUCUUUGAGUACGUACAAACAGACUUGGCUGAGUAUAUGACGCAGCACCCAGGGGGCCUGCAUUCCUACAAUGUCAGGAUCUUCAUGUUCCAGCUACUGCGGGGUCUGUCCUACAUCCACGGUCGGAGGAUCCUGCACCGGGACCUCAAACCCCAGAACCUGCUCAUCAGCUACCUGGGGGAGCUCAAACUGGCUGACUUCGGGCUGGCCCGGUCCAAGUCCAUCCCAUGCCAGACCUAUUCGUCUGAGGUGGUCACUCUGUGGUACCGGCCUCCUGAUGUCCUCCUGGGUUCCACUGAUUACUCCACUGCUCUGGACAUCUGGGGAGCUGGAUGCAUCUUCAUUGAGAUGCUCCAGGGAACGCCAGCCUUUCCAGGGGUGGCAGACGUCUUUGAGCAGCUGCAGAAAAUAUGGGCUGUCGUAGGGGUCCCGACUGAGGAGAUGUGGCCAGGAGUGAACGAGCUGCCCAACUUCAGACCAGAGUGGUUUCAACCGUGUGCGCCCCAGCAAUUCAGGAAUGUUUGGAAAAGACUGUCCCAGUUGCCCUAUAAGACAGAGGACCUGGCCCAGCAGAUUCUGAUCACCAUCCCACGAGACCGCAUCUCGGCCCAGGAUGCACUGCAGCACCCCUAUUUCAACACGCUACCGCCCCCCAUCAUGCAGCUACGAGACACUGUAUCAGUCUUCAAGGUCCCCGGAGUGAGGCUGGAGACCGAGGUGAAGGAUAUCUUCAGUCCCAGUCGAAGGAUCAGACCGUCCCAGCUGGUGCCCUUGGCUAAGUGCUGGUGAUAAUGGACCUCUACCCCCCUGGGCUUGACCCCUAACCCCAGGUGCCCCAGACCUGCUUGCAGGCUAGACCACUAUCUGAUCAAGAUGGAGAGGCAUGAGGCUUCACACACACAACACUUACAUACACCACCAGCAUCCUCCACCAACCUCUGCUCUUGACUCCACCCAGCAUUCCUCAGAGUUCCCAGAGAAGAGGGAGGGGUUGAAUGUUACCUGGUAUAUCACAUAUUAGAUGACGUCAGAAGUACUGUAUGUACUGUAUAUACUCUAUAUCUGAGACCCGAUGUCUGUUGUUGGUGGCAACGGAAAGCUACGCAGUGUCUAAGAGAACUGUCAGGAAGCUCAGAACUCCUUAACAUCUUCCUCCUGCUAAACCACCUCCUCCUGCUUCUUCCUCUUCCUCUUGCUUCCUCCUCCUAAAUGUACACUGAGAUUCAAUGAUGACGAUGGGUUAGUUUUGCAGAUGAGUGUUUUAUUUUGUACUGACAAAACAUGCAGAUAUUAUAUACCUCUUAUGUUAAAUCAGGUCCUUGUGGACCAAGAUAGUUUUUUUUUGCACAGCAUGCAGGUGGGUAUCCCUUCAACAGAGUGACUGUGACGGUUGUGUGUACACUGUUGCGUUGUGUGUACACUGUUGCGUUGUGUGUACACUGUAAUUCAUGUUAGUAUUGUACCGUGAAACUUCCUCCUUAACACCCCAUAUAGCGUAUUUUUCAUUCGGCAAUCUUGUGAUCAAUUGUACUAUACUUGGGUGCAGCUUGCUUUUAAAAUGUGUGUUUUCGUGAGAAUGGGUGAAGGAGUGUGUGAGUCAAUAAAUGUUGCAGUCAUGA